UUUAAAAUUUUGUAUUGAAGAAAUGUUUGAAGAAUUAAAAUUAAUAAAUAAAAAUAUCUGGCUAGAAUGUGUUGAAAUAAAAUUAAAAAAUCAAAAAUUAUUUGGAAAAAUGAUUGACGACCAAAAGCAAAUUUAUAGAGAAAAAGUUGUAGAAUAUUUUUUAAAUAAGAAUGGAGAAGUAGCUAAAGAGGACUUUGAGCAUUUGACAAAUAAAAUUAAAGAAAUUGAUGGUAAUUAA